CUUAACUCUUCUCCAUCCCGCCUCCCCUUUCCUCUGGGAAGACCAUACCCACCCCAAACUAGCUUUCCUUGACCUGGAAAGGGCGUUGCAAAGACACGUGCCGGUAGCUUGCCCGAUCCUCUUCCUAGUUACUCUCUGAAAGUCAGUCCCACUUUGUUCGAUGGGACUUACGUCCAAGGAAGCGUGCAUAAGAUUACAACCUGCUACGUUGGUGGUUGGUUGUGCGCAGCCGGGAGAAAUCAGGCAAGGCGCCCUGCUUCCUUCUUUCCCUCUUCCUGACGGAUGGAUGCAUCAUGGGCCGUUGUUGCAGUUUAAGCGCAGGCAGGGCGUCCACAUGGUUUUGGAAUAAGGAUCGGGGCGGGAAGGGUCGCCCGAAUCAUCCGUGUCCCGCAACAUGCCUUGCAAGCUGCUCGCCUGCAUUGCGUCGGUGUGAGAUCUAGCCGGUUUGCAAUGUUAAAUCCCCGGGAAGGUCGUGGGAGGCGGAGGGAUGGUGAUUGGUGGCGCGGGCGCGCCUUCCCAGCCCAGGCUGAGGGGCCUCGGCCUGCUUGGGGGCUGCUGCUGCUGCUGCUUGAAUGGCCCGGGAGGGGGACGGGGGGAACCACAGCGCGAUCCUACCCUCCCCCCGUCCCUCCCCCCGCCGCAAUGCCUUGGCUGCACCAAAGAGUUCUCAGGUUUCUGCUGAGACUGCAGCGCCGUCAAGAAAUGGUUCGCCUUGGCUGCCUGCGCUUCACGUCUUCAGCAGCCGCCUCCUGGCCUCCGUUCCGUGCGUCUUGCUGCUGCUGCUCCUCUAGCCAAGCACCUCCAGAGGGAUCCAGCUGCAGCAGCAGGAGGAGGACUGCGCCUUGGCCAGUUACUGCCUGAGCCGCCCUUAAGGAGGGCAGGCAGGCAGGCAAGGCAGAGGCGAGAUAACGAGAGGCAGCCCUCCAAGCCCCCGUCCCCCUUUCUGGUUCGGUUGCAUUCUCUUUCUGGUUCGGUUGCAUUUUGGACACCGGGAAGGGACCCCCUGCAUUUCCUCCUCCUCCGUUCCGCCGCCGCCUAAUUAACUUCCAGGCUUCACAGUGCACCCGAAAGCUGGUGGUGUAUGAAUAUUUCAGCAUCUCGCAGACAGCCCUGUAAAGCGAUCUGUAUAUUAUUAUUGAGAGGGGCGCAGGAGGAGGAGGAGGAGGAGGAGGUGGUGGCGGGUGAGUUUCUGCUGCUGCGCUUUGGAUGCUGCUACUGCUACUACUGCAAAGCGAAGCGCCUUGACGCAUUCCGGCCGGGGCUUGCUUGCGAUCGCUGCUGCAACAACCGGCCCACCGCAGCAGUAUCUACAGUUGCUCCUGAAGUGAACUUUCUCUUUUAAAAAUAAAAUAAAGAGAAAGGGGCUAGUCCAGAGCAAGUGGGAAGUCGGUGGAUGUUGCUGACUCGGCAUUUCAAGCAAUCACAUCCCAGCCAUAUUUGUUUGUUUAUUUUAUUGGGAGAAAGUGUGUGACAGUAGCCGCAACAUCAGCAUGGUCACCUCCUGGAGAAAAGCAGAGGGACUGCAUUAAAAAGCAGCAGGAAACCACUAAGAAGGGGAUCCCAGUCUCACUGUGAUGCAUGUGUGUUAAGAAACCCCAGCUGCCCUUUUGUGUCCUGGUACAACGGCAGACGCCUUGCCCUCCCCUCCCCCCUCCCCUCCCCCCAAUGACUUCCACCCUAUAUCCCUUCCUUCAGCCUGGGCACCCUUCAACCCACCCCUCUUCCUUUAUCCUUCAGUUUUUCCUCCUUGAAACCCGUUCUCCAUCCUUUGACUUCCUGAUCUUGGAGCUGUCCAUACCAAGACCCCAGUUCUCCUCUACACACCCUCUAUAAUUAUUUCUGCAUCCAGAUCCAGGAUCCCUCUUCUCUGGAGUUCUCCAUUCUCUACUCUCCUUCUACUGGGAACGUCUUGCCUUGGAUUUCUUCUCCUUCAUCACAUAUUCUAGCAUUACUGUCCCUCCCAUCCCUUUGCCACCAUGACUGUGAUGGCGGGGGAGAACAUGGAUGAAACUUCUGCUUUGCCAGGCCAUCCACAGGACAGCUACCGGCCUGGUGCCCAUGAUGACCAUGAAUGCUGUGAGAGAGUUGUGAUCAACAUUGCUGGUCUGAGAUUUGAGACCCAGCUGAAAACUCUUGCCCAGUUCCCCAACACAUUGCUGGGUAACCCCAAGAAACGCAUGCGGUACUUUGAUCCGCUGAGGAAUGAAUACUUUUUUGACCGAAACCGGCCCAGCUUUGAUGCCAUCCUCUAUUACUAUCAGUCUGGAGGGCGGCUUCGUAGGCCAGUUAAUGUGCCCUUAGACAUGUUCUCUGAGGAAAUCAAGUUCUAUGAACUGGGAGAGGAGGCCAUGGAGAAGUUCCGGGAAGAUGAAGGGUUCAUCAAAGAGGAAGAGAGGCCUCUACCUGAGAGGGAAUAUCAGCGCCAAGUAUGGCUCCUCUUUGAGUAUCCAGAGAGCUCUGGACCAGCCCGGGUCAUUGCAAUAAUCUCUGUCAUGGUGAUCUUAAUUUCCAUAGUAAUAUUUUGCCUUGAAACUUUGCCAGCGUUGAAAGAACAGGAAAGGGAGUAUACAGGACCCCUAAACCACAGCGACAACUCCACUAUGUAUCACAAGUCCAAUAUCUUCACCGAUCCUUUCUUCAUCGUGGAGACCCUGUGCAUCAUUUGGUUUUCCUUUGAAUUGGUGGUGCGCUUUUUUGCCUGUCCCAGCAAGGCUGAGUUCUUCAAGAACAUCAUGAACUUCAUUGACAUAGUGGCCAUCAUCCCUUACUUCAUCACUCUGGGCACAGAGAUGGCUGAGCAGGAGGGGCCUCAAAAGGGGGAGCAGGCCACCUCUCUGGCUAUCCUGAGAGUCAUCAGACUGGUAAGAGUCUUUAGAAUCUUCAAACUCUCCAGACAUUCUAAGGGCCUCCAGAUUCUGGGACAGACCCUCAAAGCAAGCAUGAGGGAGUUAGGUUUACUAAUCUUUUUCCUCUUCAUUGGGGUGAUUUUGUUCUCCAGCGCGGUGUAUUUUGCUGAAGCUGAAGAACCUGAUACUUAUUUCAGCAGCAUCCCCGAUGCUUUCUGGUGGGCAGUGGUAUCCAUGACCACUGUGGGAUAUGGUGACAUGUACCCUGUGACAAUUGGAGGCAAAAUCGUGGGCUCCUUGUGUGCCAUUGCUGGUGUGCUGACAAUUGCCCUGCCUGUACCUGUCAUUGUGUCCAACUUCAACUACUUCUACCACCGAGAAACAGAAGGGGAAGAACAGGCUCAGUUACUUAAAGUUAGCUCUCCUAAUUUAGCAUCUGACAGUGACCUGAGUCGCCGUACCUCGUCCACAACCAGCAAAUCUGAGUACAUGGAAAUUGAAGAUAUGAAUAAUAGCAUAGACAAUUUUAGAGAGGCUAACCUCAGAACUGGCAACUACACCAUAGCCAACCAAAACUGUGUUAAUAAAAGCAAGCUGCUGACUGAUGUUUAAAAAAAAAUGUAGAAAAGAAAAACACCGGCAGCUUGAAGACUUUAAGUGACCUGCAGUCACACUUUGUAGAUGCUUUACGAAUAGUAUUUGAAUGCUUUACCUCGUAAAUGCAUUGUUGCAUUGCGAAUUUUUGCUCAGCGAUUCAAGUAGCUUUCAGGAUCCAUGAAAGAUAUUCACAUUUUUGAGUUUUAUUUUAAAAGGGUAUUUUCCAAUUGGUUUAAUCAGUUACUUAUAAACCUUUGGAUUAGCCUAGUUAUAAAUAAGUAUCAUAUGCUUCUAGCCCUAGACACUUUUCCAUUAUUUUCAGUUGUUUAAACUAAUUUUUAAAAAAUCAACUUGAGAGGACUCUUCAAAAUAUUUAAAAUAUGCAUGGAUUCCGGGAAAAGUUUCUACAAAAAACUGCACAAUGCAUCCAAGAAAAUGCAUCCAAACAAUAUUCAACAGAAAUGUUCAGCAAGUAUUUGCCAUUCUUUAGACUGAACGAUAUGUAUAUUUCCUUCUUUUGUGAAAGGUUUUGUAGUUCUGAUCUACAGAUCCACAAACAGCACCUUAUGAAAAAUAUGCCAGGUCUUUUUUGUUUUCGCUCUAUACACUCUUAAAAUUGAAGAAUUAAUCUGUAUGGGGGGGGGAAGACAGAACAUCUGCAAUGCUGCUAAGGUUUCUUAAGUGCAGAUAGUUCCAGUGUACUUUUUUCCCUUCUCCAGAACUGGAUGCAAACCUUUUUAGCUCCUUCGUUGCAAGAUAGCACAAUAGAAUUUAAUAUAAGCAUGUUUGACUUUGAUACUAUCUAUUUUAUAACUGCAUGCCGGGAACAUUACCUCAGAUGAUAGGGGAUAAGCUUUCGUUUGAACUGAUCUUUCAAAUAGGCCCUUUUUUUGUUUCAAUUUGCAUUCACCAAAAGUGCACUCCUUUUUAUUUAUUAAGUAUCUGAUUAGUAACUUAAAGUACUGUAUUUAAGUGCGUAUGUUAGUCAAAUGGGAACAAUAACUUUUGGAGAUCAAAGCAUGUUCAAAUAUUCAGCAUUAUGGCCUAUUUGACUAAGGUGUAACUCAAAAUUAAUUAAUGCAUGAUUUCAGUAAUAAAUUUUUUGAAAAGUUUGUUGGGACUGAGGGACAGGAAGAGCUCACUAGAGAAACCUGAUGAUUUUCCUGCAUUCCUCAGGGAAAUGAGUUGACUUCUGUCCAGGCCUUGUUGGAAAGUAACACAUCCCAUCCCUUAAAGGGAAAGCUAUAUGGAAAAUUAAGAAGUCCAGUUUAUAUAUAGCAAUGCCUAAAUAUUCUGUAUCUCUUAGAGCAGAAAAAAAGGUGCAGAAGCAUGCCUUUUGGUGCAUUCUUAGAAUGUAAAAUGAAACUUAUCUAUAUGCAUCCAAAUUGCAGCCCAGUUCCUUUCGCAGUCAUCAUUUGAACCGUAUAGACUUUUGUACUCCCCUAGGACUCACUGAAGAGACUCAGCCAAUUGAUUUUAGAUAGUUGCUUAGUGCCUUUAUCCUUACAGCCACUGAACUGCGGAAAGUGCCUCUAUGAAAAGAACUGAUCCCGAGUAGGCAGGGAUGAGUCAAUUGGACAAUAUUAGGACUCUCCUGUGCCAAACACAGGCACAGCAGAGAGAAUGAGGGAGAGAGACAAUGUGUGAGGCAGAGAGAGGCAGAAGAAGAGGGCAAAGACCACCAGCGCUCAUGCACCCCUAAAUUUCCAGUGCUCUACUUCCCCUGCAUCCUGGCAGGGUGAUGUUGUCACUCUAGCAUUUUUGCCUUUGCCAAAAAAGUCACUAUUUAUCUGUUUAUGCAAGACUCAAAGUUGCCCAAGGUUGUUUAUAAAGACUUUGCUGCCCUUCAUAGAUUUUUUUUUUGGUCUGUCUUUCCUUUGGGAUGGAUCUUUAGCAGCCUGCCUCCAAACACAGCAAGGAAGGACCAACCUUUGCAAAAACCUUAGCUGUGCAGGCAUUCAAGUUGGGUGACUGUUCUCUGAAUUCCUUGGACUCUUUCCCAGUCAGGCACUCAGCCUAGCUGCUGUGUUCCAGUCUUCCCAAAUUCCCUCAGAUUUGAGAGACUGAUCUCCCUGAAACUUAUUUAUCUGCCAGAAUAAUUUUCCUACCUUUAUCAUUUAUUGGAGGUUGCAGCAAUCUUGUGAGAUAAAGUGUUUCCCGCAAAUAUGCAGGCCCUGAGCUGUUGGCCAUGAAAGUCAAUCAGCUUUCAAUGUAAACCAAUUUAGGUGAUAAUCUUUUUUACUUUUAUUUUUAAAGAUAAUUGUUGAGGAUCUACUUCCCAUAAUUUGUAUGUGGUUAUUUCCUCUCAAACCCUUUUUCUCUAUUACAUGAACUCCAGGUCCCCCAUCCCAUCCUCAAUAUCUAUUUUUCAAUAGCUGCAGAUAUAUGAGGCACUUAACACUGAAAAAGAACAUUAACUCUGAAGUUUUGUACGAGCCUGAUAAGCCAGGUGUACAGAAAGAUGCAACGUUGUGGCUCUUAACAAUAGAUAAUAUUGUCAAGGGCAGAAAGGCCUCUCAACUCCUUGAAGAAUCAACUGCAAAGAUCUAGAGAAAAGGCCAUUGUGCAUUUCUGACAGGAAACUACAUUGUUUCCCCCAGGUCCACAUUCCCCAUGCCAUAGAUUCCCUUUCCCGCAACAGAGUGCUGGAUUUGGUGGACCAACCCGGACUCCCCAAAGCUACAAAGCGUUGGAAAAGCAUGUCCGUGUUAAACUAACUUGAAAGUUGUGUUCAGUUACCUCAGCAAAAACCAACUCAUUCCUGUGUGGGGUCAUUGAUUAGGAGGUAACACUAAUAUAGUGAGGAUGAGGAUGAGGCCUCAGUUGGGCAGCUUGGUGAAAUUAUGUGCUGACUGGUUGGGUUUAUCCGCACCUUAGUUUAUGUGCUGGACUGAUCCUUUUUCUGCAUGUUGAAGAGAAAGUACUGCAUGCAGUGGUUUGGUUUAUGGCUUUCCCCCCUUUUGCUUUUGGCAGGGAUGGGUGAAUCUUUAGGGCUUGCGGGGUGGCUUGGGGAAUAUGAUUUUUUAAAACUCAUUUAUAGUUCAUGAAAAAGGAUCUAGAUAAAUAUGGAGUACAGGGAAUAACCUCAUGUAGCAUAGGCAUGUACUUCUUCCAGCAAGGUUCUCCCCGCGCCCCCCCACCCAAAUCAAACUCAUUGCUUUGCACUAUGUGUGUUGAAAUGUCUUUGUAGGCCUGAAGGUGCACUAAACUACUGCCUGAUUCUUACCAAUAAACUUUGUUGAUUUUUUUAAAAAUUCCUUUCUACCAUUUUUUAAUGGACUGAUGGGUUCUAAAAGGUUUGCCCCAGUGGAAGUUUGCCCCAGUGAGAGUGGCCUGAAAAUGGGCUAAUGAUCAAUAAAAGUAGAGCAAAGAAGCUUUGCAGCUCUAUACACCCCGCUCCCCACACAUUCAAUGAAUGCAUAUGAGAGGUGCUGGGGGGGGGGGUGAGGCCAAAACUACUGGCCCUGCCUCUUGGGCAUGACCCCCAUUGUCUGCAUGUUUGCCUUAGUAUGAAAGGCACUUUAUAUUAAUAUAGGGAUGAUUGCCCCAGAGUUUCUGAUCACUGGGAAGAAACUUACAUGCAUACUGCUGUACAUGUGAAGGCCAUUCCACACAAAGGUUGAGCAUGCAGAUGUUAAGGGUAUGGCUAGUGAGUGUGGGCUUCCUCCUCCUCCUCACACACUGAGGGAACGUGUGAUGGGGGUUGUCUGAACACUUCUCAAUUUGCUGGCAUAUCAGAAAAUGCAAUGCUGGAAUAAUGUAUCUCUGGCACCAGUGUAAUAUCAGUUUGUGACAUUGUGCUCACAUUGUAGUUGGUAGCUGGUUCAUUUCACAUUGUUGAUAUAUGAUGUGUGAGGAAGGAUCAGGCUGUUGGUUUAAUAGACAGCUUUUUAAUUAAGGGCAACAUUUUCCAAAGCCUGGAAUUAGUUGAAGCUUCCUUAAUCUUGAUAUAGAGGCAGCCCUACUAUGAGGAAAUGUGAUGGUUUCCUCGAGCGGCACAUUCUGGGUGCCAUUAAGGACAGCAGAGCUGAGGACAGGUUUGGCCCUUGAAGUACAAUCUACUUGAAAGUUUUCCUGGACAAAUCCCAUUGAAGUGAAUGAACAGUAUACAAAAGUAUUGGUCUUGUGCAGCUUCCAUUCAUUUCAACAAGAUUCACAAAGGAGAACUUCCCUGUGGAUUAUGCCUCAUGUUAAUUAGUGUGUAUGUGUGCACAGGGCGUGGGGUGUGCAUUUAGUUUUUCUGUCUCAAGCAUAAAAAUAUCUUCGCCCUUUCUUCACAUUGUAGAAAACAACAUCUCUCAGAAAACCUAAGAGAGACUUUUUCGGGCCCUUUUCUUUACUAGGAAUACAUUACACUAGUAAAAUGCUGUUAACGUAAGACAUAUAGGUGCAGAGCCAAUAAUGUGUGCUUCAUAUAGAAGUAUAAAAGUUAAAAGUAAAUGAGGCGGAACUGUGCCACUACAAUUAAAAAAAAAAGUUUUGACUGGAAUGGAAUUCUGUUGAUUUCUUUGUAGCUCCUGUAAAAUCACUAUAUUUUAUUGUCAUGUCAACUCUUGUGAUUAUAGGUUAUCUCUGCUGACUUGUUUUCUUUUGUUUAUUUAAGGGUGUUUUAAACAUAAGAGAAUUGGGAAGGGAACGAUGGGUUUUAGUGGAGUUCCAUUCAAACUGGAUAUGGAAUUAGAUUAUUCCCACUAAAAGCUCCAUCUAUUUCUGUAAGUCUGCUUGUCGUGGUCUUCUUUACAGAAAGAGCUGUUUCUUGGACUGCCCCACUUCAAACUACAGAUAGUAGUUUAUGGUGGCUGCAUGUUUCAGACUCCCCCACAAAAGUUGCUACACAUAUGUGAGAGAGAAGUCUAGGUUGGAAUCUUUUACUCUAAUAUCUAGGCUGAGUUCUCACUGAGGUAGUACACUUGUGUCUGGGUAGUACUACUUCAUACUUCAGGAGGUGAGAACUCACAUGACUGAAUGCUCCCAAAAUUCCCAGCAAUUCCUAGUAAAUUAGCAUGUCAGGGAGAAUGAUUUUAGCUUGCUUUCCCCACAGAUAUGCUAGUUUUCUAUGGGCAGGGAAUUUUUUUGCAUGGUGGAACAUUCAGUCAUUGAGCCCCUACUUGCAGUCUGAAGCAAUGUAACCCGGACACAAGUUUACCAAUUAAGUGAGAACUAGGCUUUAAUUUUCUAUGGGCAGGGAAUUUAAAAAGAAAGAAAAAAGGGGAAGCUUUUAGCAAUGUGGUUCCUCAGUCCCCAGUCUAAAGUGGUUCAGUCCAGGGACAGUUUUAUCAUGUCAUCGGCUGUUUGUGUAGACCAGGCCUCUGUUUCAAGACUGGAAAAAUCUUGGGCACCUUGUUGCACAGGAUAUUAAAUGGCAGGACCUGAAGAAUUUCAGUAUUUCCCCAGUUAAAUGGAAGUCUGUUCCCUAAACAUUUAAUGCUGGCUUCUAGGAAUGUUAUUAUUAUUUUUAGCCCCGCCCUACCUCCUCAGCCAUUCAUAUAAAGAAACCUCUCAGCAGGUAUGUAACUGCAAAACUGAAUCCUUAUAGCUGAGCCAUACAGUCCUUAUUGAGACAGGACAUACACAGAGAGGGCAAGUGAAGCAAUGUCGAACAUGCUUCUCCUUAGGUCUUCUCUAGAGACAAUCAGACAUACCUUUAUUAGUUGAGUGUUGGUUUUUUGUUUUUGGUAAAACUAUAGCACACAUAAAAUAUGAAGCUCAACCUGCAAUUUAAUUAAAAAGGGGGCUGGGGGACAACUUGCCAAACCACAGUUCAGAUGUUAAACAGGGCAAACCCUGGAAUGUUUCAUCACAUGUAUUCCCCCCACCCCCCAUUACAUACAUUUUAUUAUCAGCUGAGAAAUGUCAGCCACAACGCUGAAAAGAAUUUAUGGUUUCAAGGUGCUUUUAACUUUAAAAUAAUGUGAGCUGAUUUUUAUUUUUUAUUUUUUUGAAAACUCAAUACUUCCUAUGUGUAAUUUCUGUGGUAAUGUUGGACUCAAUCACAGGAAACUAGUAUCAUAUUCAAAGUGAAGUUUUCCCUUACCCUUUUAGGGUCCACUUAGUCCCAUGACCAGUUAGAAUUGACACUGAUAUUGCAUUGUGGUUUUAAAAAUUAUUAUUUUAAAUUAACUUCUCAUUUCAGGUUGUUUUGACAAGACAGGUAUGGGUGACAUUCAUUUUGUUAUAUCCUGAAAUAGUCCUAGGCAUUAAUCAAAAUUAACCAAUGCCUUUAACUUAAUCAACAAAUUCCAAGGUAUUUGUAACUCUCCCUCAUGCCCCCCAUGGAUGCUGAAUGGAUGCAUCAAUAAGGCCAGUUUGGUCAGGAAAUAGAAUGCUUUGACGUUUUCAAAGAAAUGUCAUGAAUUUGAGUCUUUUAAUCCAAUUUGUUUGAAGAGGGAACCCCUCCCCUCGUUGAUAUGUGUUGAUCAGCUGUUUAUGUAUAUGAUCCCUAGUCAUACAUUAUUUACUAUUAAAAAGUCUUCCCUGUUCAGCCUCUACUGUUAUUUUAACAUAACUGAACUUUGGGCAUAUUAAUCUUUGAUCAAAUAAUUGUUUCAAUGGCAUCUAGAAUGUGAUUGGAAUAAAAUGUAUAUUUUACUUUUGUACAAAAGUAAAAAAUAAGGAUAUUUUUAUGACUAAAUUCAAAAAAGAAGAAAAUGUUAGAACUUGCUUUUUCUUUCCAAGUCAUGUAAACACUUUUUUUUCGCAGCACCUUGGUUUGGAAUUAUGUAAAUAACAGCUUUGGGUCGGAAUGUAUAUGGAUUCUUUGACAUACCUCUCAUUUUAAAGAUUCUUAAUGCUGAACGAGGUCAUGGAAUGGUUAUUCACAGAAAAGUGCACUAUCAGGGCAACAAACCAUUGAAGCUGACAUGGGUCUAUUGAUUUCCGUAAUUUGCAAAUUGCUUACACUUUGAGUCAAGUAUGUACCUCAUUGUCAUAUUACUGCUUAUUUGACUUAACCAUAGCUGAAAUAGUUUGGUUUGUCAAUUUUUAGGACAGCGAAUGUUAUGAGUUUAUAUAUAAAAAACAUAUAACAUGCAUAGUUUUCAUCUAUGCAAUUUUACUUGCUUCUGUCACUUUUAUCAUCUGUUCAUACUUGGCAUCAAUUAAAGAUAAUUUUUAAGGAUCUUA